CCUGCUGCAUGUGAACUGCAUGUGAACGACGUGUUCUGCUUGUGUUUCGGAUUUCCAGCACGGCAGUUUUGUUGUUGAUUUUCAGUGACUGGCAGCCAGCAGAGGGAGAUCAUUUGCCACCUCACACAAUGAUAGCUACGGCAUCGGCGACUUUCUGGCAGGGGUUGGGAUUUAUCUAUCGAGUUAGGUAACUGAAGCGGACGAGCAGUAUUAAACAGCAAGCGGCUCCCCUCCCCGCCUGCUUCAUUUGUGCAUUAACAUGAUGGUGGAGGUUGAAGAUAUUGCCGCUUUUGGAAACUCUUCCGAUGAAGCGUUCACCAGCGGCCCGAUUUACGAGUUCGAAUACGACUAUUACGAAUUUGAUAUUUCAUUUGAUGGACUCAAAGCAAAUAAGUAUUCCAUUGUAAUAGCUUUCUGGGUUGGUCUUGCUGUCUUUAUGAUAUUUCUCUUCAUAAUACUUAUGUUAAUGUCACGUUCUGGUCCAACACCAGCACAAAUCGAAAGCUCACGGAGAAAGACAGCAACAAAGUUUACUCGGAAUGUUCGUCAUCAAGAGCAAGCAGAGAAUGUGACCAGCUGUGUCAUUUCUUCAUUACUACCAACUGUCUCUGGAAAAGCAGCAAAUGCCAACCUCAACAAUGAACAGAAGUGUCCUGAAGCCUCAGCGGUACCACAGAUGCUGCUGGAAAAUAUUGUAAUUCCUGGCAAGGUUAUUCCAUCAUCAGACUAGCCCUGAUCUUCAAUAAAUUGCCAAUUCCUUGUCCUGGGGUAAACUUGUAGCAUCACAAUAUUUAGCUAUAUGGUCUGAAAUAAAAUCAUUCAUGUAUGUUUCAAUAGUUCAAGGGGACUUUUAGAAUUUUUAACUGGAAUUGUUGAAGUUAUGCCGAGCAAAAAUCACUGGAGACCAAAAUGAAUAUGUUGAAACGACAGAACAGCAGGCCAGGCAGCGUCUGUAGCAAGAGGAACAGAAAUUGUGAACCUGAUUGCUUUGGCUCAGUCAUUCCCAGAAGUGGCAGACAUCAAUGUUGUCAAACUUAUUCUUGAGUUGCAAUGGCUGCAAUGUCCCCAGUGCCUGAUGAACUUCAUUGGAACAGUGUAGAAGGCAAAAGGUGGAUGCAUCUGAUUGGGAGUUGGGAGAGCAGAAAUCAAGAGAGAGUGAAUAAGAAUUUUGGGGUUAAAGAGAAGGAUACAAGGUGCUGGAGUAACUCAAUGGGUCAGGCAGCACCUCUGGUGAACAUGGAUAGGUAACGUUCCCGGUCAGGACCCUUCUUCACACUGUUUUCUUUCUGGAGCUGUGGGAGAGACAGAGAGAGGGCCUACUGGUGCCGGCAGAGAGCAUAGAACCUAGGGCGUGAUAAAAGAACUGUUGUAAGAAACGGUGGAUUGACUGCAAUGAUCUGAAAUCCGGGUUGGGUAUGUGCUGGGAGGCCUGAAACCUGAAUUUGGAGGGCAUAUAUGUGAUAUGAUAUAUAUUUGUGAUAUAACAGAGAUAGAGUCAUAGAAUCAAACGGUAUACAUCAGGUCCAUCAACUCAUCUUGGCCAUGCCAACCAACAUACCCAAUCUCCAUUAGUCCC